UAUUAAAUUGAAAAGAAAAAAAUUUCUCAUAUAAAACUGACGUAUCGUAGAUCGUCGUCGAAUGGUGAUGGUUAAAAUUUUCUGGUACAAAUUUUAAGUGAUCAAUUUUUCUCUUCCAUUCAUUAUUGAUUUGUAAUCAUCAUUGUUUAACCUUUAAAUUAAUUUUUCAAAAUUAUUUUUCGCAGCCAAAACAAAGAAAAUAAAAACAAAACCAUGUUUAUUAUUUGGAUACAAUAUUUUAUUUGUGCCAUUUUUUCAUUUACAUUCAUUAAAUUUGCUCAUGCAACACAUACUGAAUAUGAGGAUUUAGGUUUCUAUCCACAAAAAGAACAUUCAUUGAUGAGACCAUAUCAAGGUUCGGGUAUGACAAUACCGAAUUGGGAUAUAUAUGGUCAUACGAUUGUUUCAAGCAAUUUUAUCCGAUUAACACCUGAUCAACAAUCAAGAUACGGUGGUUUAUGGAAUAAAAUACCAAUAACAUUUCCAUAUUGGGAAGUUCAUAUUGAAUUCAAAAUAUCUGGUCACGGUAAAGAUUUGUUUGGCGAUGGUAUGGCAAUCUGGUAUGCUAAACAUUCAAUGCAGCCAGGCAAUGUUUUCGGCAGUGCGGAUUAUUUCUGGGCAAAACUUCGUCAAACUGAACAUGACACUUAUUUGGCUAUUCGUUAUUAUAAUGAUACAUUAACUUUAAUGACCGAUGUUGAUGGAAGUGGUGAAUGGACUGAUUGUUUUUCAUCCCAAGGUGUUUAUCUACCGUUGGGUCUUUAUUUGGGUGUUACAGCUGCAACCGGUGAUCUCAGUGAUAAUCAUGAUGUUAUUUCUAUAAAAACUUAUCGCCUUGAAACACCAGUACAUUUGUUGGAUAAAUUGAAUGAAAGAGCUAUGAUCAUUCCACAUGCCUUAAGUUCGGCACAUCCACGUGAUCAUAUUGAUGAUGAUCAUUCAUCCGCCAGUGGCCGUAUGAGUUGGUUACGAUUUUUUUUCUAUACAUUUUUAGCCAUUAUUGUACUGAUUGUUGCCGUGGUUAUUGGAUUAUUAUUCUAUCAAAAACGACAGGAACGACAACAAAAACAGGGAGCAGCCAAUUUUUUCGAUUAUGAAGAUGAAGAAGAUAAUUUAACAAUCAAUUCUUCGACUUCUUUAGACAAAAAAAUACCAGAAGAUUCAUCAUCGACAACAUUGUCGAAAACUGUAAACAAAUCCAUCAAUGUUGAAAAUAAUUUCGAAAAAGAUGGAAAAUUCUGUGUUGAAUUUAUUGAUGAUAAUAUUGAUCAACGAAUGGCCCGAUUAAUCGAAUCGAAUCUAAAUUCUUCAACAACAAAAUGUUCAAAUACAUUCAAUAAUGUACAGAAAUUAUCAACAAGGCAAGCUGUUGAUAAAAUUAUAGCUGGAGAUCAUGAUCAUGUAAAUCUUUGUGGAUUCAAAGGACGAGAACAAAAACUUGAACUAUUGGAUUAUGCAAUACUUAGUGGAGAUAAAUAUACGAUAACAUUGGUGAUACAAUUUCUGGAACAUACACUAAAACGAUCGAUAAUGUUUUAUGAACUGAUUCGACGUCCAAUUGCUGCUGAUCAUUAUCUAAUUUAUUUACAUUCCGAUGGACGAUUGGAUGAACAGCUAAAUAUAAUGAAUAUGAUGGGCCGAUAUGAAGAUGCUGCAUUUGCAUCGUAUUCACGAGCUGUAUCACCAUCGACAAUGAAUAAAACUGAUGCUCAACAACAACAACAAAUUCGUUUAUUGGAACGUGCCUUAUCCAAUUUUACAACCGGUGGUAAUGAAUUGAUUCAAUACCAUUCAUUAAUUCAGGAACAUAUCACACUGUUAAAACAUCAACUUCCAAUCGAAUCGGAUGAUCGUCGUCGUUGUGAAAUGAUUUUACAUUCGAAUUCGAACGUAGAGAAUGUUGAUUCGAAUAUUGAAGACAAUCAAUCAUUUGUGAUACACCAACCACGACCUUGUUUAAUCGGUCUUUCAUUAAUGAAAACAUUAUAUUAUUGUCACCUUUAUCAUCAUCAUCUGCCGGAUAAUAAUUUUGCAUCACCAUUUCAUCUGAAAAAACAAUUUCAUAUCAGUGAACGACAAUUCUUAUGGAUUGCAUUACAAUCACUGGCCAAAACAAUGCGUUGGCAGGAGAUUGAUACACUUUUCGAAUAUAAAUCAUGGCUUGGCAGUCGCAAAAUUCGCCGUAAUAUAAUACCAAUAGUUGAUAUUGUUGAAAUAUUGCAAAAAAACUCAGCACCAAAAGAAAUGUUGGAAAAAUAUCUCGAUCUUGUUGAUGAUAUCGAAAAACGUUUACAGUUGGCCAAAGAAUUUCAGAUGAAUAAAUAUGCUGCCGAUAUUCUGAUAAAACUACGUGAUCGUAAACGUUUAAAUGAAUUACGUACAUCAAUUUUGGGUAAAAUGAAUGAAAUGGAUGUUCAACGUUAUAUUGAUAAUGCAUUAAUUGCUACGACAAUCAAAUGGCGAAAUUAAUUUUUUUUUUGAACAUUACAUCAUU